AAGCGAGUGAAAAUCGAAUUUAAUUCGAAUCCUCAGACGAGAAUUAAGUUUGUCCAGCAAACAUUAGAAUUUUGUCGAAGAGGAUAUAAUCGGCGGUGAAACGCGAUUUGCGCGACACAAGAACGGUGAACCUGACGCCCGACGAUACUAUAAAUAAGGGUGAACUAGAAACCACCGAAAAUGCAGUCGUGGUUGACACCGACAAUUCUGUCGGCGUUUCUCGCCCUCUCGAUGGGCGCCCAACUGAAAACGGAGUACGAAUGGAAGUACUUCCAGUACAAGUUAGAUAAUUAUUCACCGGAACAGUUGAACAGGAUGUACGACUACCGUACCCUGAUUCCAACCGAUUUUCUUCGAGUGUCAGCGAACAAAACCCUCGUAGCGACGCCGCAGAUCCAUCACGCAAACCGGAUCGCGAGUUUGUCUCGUAUCUCGAGCGAGUCCGGCGACAGCGGUCCUCUGCUGGAGCCCUAUCCUUCCAAGGAGUGGCAUUCGACUUUUGGAUUUUUCCACUGCCCGAAAAUCACCAGUGUCACCAAAAUAUUCAUGGACGACUGCAACAGGAUCUGGGUGGUGGAUUCAGGUAAAGUGAAGAAUUCCCAAGUAUGUCCGCCUCAAAUUUUGGCCUUCGACGCCGAUACCGACGAAUUGGUCGAGAAAGUCCGCAUUCCGUGGAAAUUGGCUCACAGCUCCAAGAACAGGAGACGAGGACGACUCGAGGUUCAGUUCGUAGAGACGAAAGAUUCGUGCUCGAAGACUUGGGUUUACAUCGGCGACCCCGAGGGAUACGGGAUGGUGAUCUGGGACGGAGAGGACAUUUGGCGUCUAGAAAACGACGAGAUCUACGGACCGGACAAUACAGCGACAACAUUCAACGUGGAUGGACAAGAAUUCGAUCAGGAACUCGGAGCUUCGAUAUUCGUCAUUGUUCCACCGGGACUCCUUCACGAAGAUUACAUGCUGCUCAGACCCCUGUCUUCUCUGUUCGAUUACGCGGUGAAGGUCGAUGAUUUGCACAAUUCCAAAGACGGUAAACCUGUGACUUACUACAAGGGCAACAUCACCCUACCGAGUCAGGAACUGACGAGAUCCAUCGCGAAGUCGGGUACCCUUAUCGGAGCCGUCGCCUCGGAUGCGGCUGUCGCGUGUUUGCAUCUUGAAAAUCCUCUGGCGUUGGAACACAUCGCCAUGCCCAUACUAGAUAAGGUCUCUCUGCAGUACACAGUCAGCAGUCAAAUCGUCCAAGGCAAAGGAGGCCAGGCGGAAAACGAGGAGUAUUGGCUGUUGUCGAAUCGUUAUCAACGAUUCGCCACGGAUACCGUGAACUUUGAUGAAAUCAACUUCAGGAUCAUGUCGGUGAACGUGGCCGAACUGGUCAAAGGCACAGCUUGCGAAUCGGUCAGCGCUCCCGAAGUAUCCGCUAUCGAAGACAAGUUCUUCUUCAGGAUGAACAAUUGAAAUGGAUCAUGCGGAUCAUAGGAAUUAUUAUGCUUUCGCCCCUUAUGUGAAAAAUUGAAAUAUGAAUAAAAUUAUCGAAAAUA